AGUCCAAACCACAGACAGCGAGAAACCGACCCACGCGGAGCGAGCACGCGAAGCGUCCCGGAGCUUGGCUUCAGCAUACCCUACACACCAGAUAGAGUUGAUCCUGAGUACCAGCCCAGCCAAGCUGACUCUGGAUCCUGCAUGCCAGUCAGAGUUGACCCUGAGAUCCAACUGGCCACGCUGACCCUGGAUCCUGCACACCAGCCAGAGCUGACCCUGAGCCCCAGCCUAGCUGAGCUGACCCUGGGUUCUGCAUGCCAUCCAGAGAUGACCCUCAGUCCUGGCUUGACUGAGCUGACCCUGGAUCCUGCACACCAGCCAGAGGAGACCUCAGCCCCCAACCUGGCUGAACUGACCCUGGAGCCUGUGCACUGCCGACCUGAGCUCCUGGAUGCCUGUGCCGACCUCAUCAAUGAGCAGUGGCCCCGCAGCCGUGCCUCCCGCCUGCAUUCCUUGGGCCAGUCCUCAGACGCCUUCCCCCUCUGCCUGAUGCUGCUGAGCCCCAGCCCCACACCUGAGGCAGCCCCCAUCGUGGUAGGCCAUGCCCGCUUGUCACGGGUGCUGGACCGGCCCCAGAGCCUCCUAGUGGAGACAGUGGUGGUGGCCCGGGCUCUGAGGGGCCGUGGCUUUGGCCGCCGCCUCAUGGAGGGCCUGGAGGUUUUUGCUCAGGCCCGGGGCUUCCGCCGACUACACCUCACUACCCAUGACCAGCUGCAGUUCUAUGCCCACCUGGGCUACCAGCUGGGUGAGCCUGUGCAGGGCCUAGUCUUCACCAGCCAACGGCUGCCUGCCACCCUGCUCAGGGCCUUCCCCAGAGCCCCCUUUCCCCGGCAACUCUGCAAGGCUUCUAGUCUGACUGCCCAAACUGCCCCAAGAGCCCCCAAGGGGCCAUCAUUGCCGCCACCUCCUCCCCUGCCUGAGCCCUUGACCACCUCACCCCCACCUCCUGCAGGGCCCCCUCCACAAAGCCUGCUGGAGACACAAUACCAAGACCUGAGAGGAUGUCCCAUAUUCUGGAUGGAAAAAGAUAUCUGAGGGCUACCCAGGACAAGGCACUGUCCUUCAGGGUUGAUGGACUGCCUAGGACAGUCUGGGCCUCAGCCCAUUGGCCAUACCAUAGUCCCUAGACCCUGGGAGCAGCUUUAGCCUGGCCAUGUUUCCUGAGUACCAGUGGGGCCAGUAGAUGGCUUCAUGGGUGUGGCUCAGAGCUGUCAGUGUGGCUGAAUAAAGGCUUCUGUUGGA